UUCCCGCGGACAGGAACCUGCUGAAAUCGAAUGAGGUAUUUCAUAUUGUGCCGAGUACAUAAAAUAUGAAAGGCUGUUGGCUCCAAACUGUCUGAAGUGUAUGUGUGUGUGUGUGUGUGUUUGCACCUACAGUGAUUGUAAGGGAAAUUGGAACAAAUCGUAAGAGACUUGGAAAGAAUUGCCCGUGCCACUGGAAAUCUUGAAGGUCACAGAUGUCAAUCGAAGGCUGUAAUUGAAACUCUACAUGAUUUCCGAGCCCAUCAUGGUCAAACUUCAACAGUGAACUGGACCAGAUGUGUUGACAGCGCCCUCUGCAGUUUGAAAUGCUUCCAUGCACCGAGUAGACACAAGGAAGUGUCUUUGCGAAUCCCUACGAACACACUGGUGGAGGAAUGGCUUUGUCCAAUGGUUAUGUGGAGAAUGAGAUCAUCAUCAGGCAUUAUAAUUAUACAGGACGGUUGCAAAACAGGACAGAGGGUGUUCCAAACAACGCCAAGGUUGUGGUACUCCUACUGGCUUGUAUAUUGAUAGUCAUUGAGAACAUAAUGGUCCUCGUGGCUAUUUGGAAAAACAAGAAGUUUCACACACGGAUGUACUAUUUAAUUGGGAAUCUUGCCCUUUCCGACCUCUUGGCUGGGGUGGCCUAUGUAUUUAACAUCCUUAUGUCUGGUUCCCGUACUCUGACUUUGACACCAGCCGAAUGGUUCAUCAGAGAGGGCAGUAUGUUUGUUGCCUUGUGUGCCUCAACCUUCAGCUUAUUGGCUAUCGCCAUUGAAAGGCAUAUGACCAUGGUGAAAAUGAGACCAUAUGACUCCAAGAAACAGUACAGGCUUUUCCUGCUUUUGGGGGCCUGCUGGAUGAUCUCCAUUCUCUUGGGAGUCUUGCCUCAAAUUGGAUGGAGCUGCAUCAACAGGCUCAAAUUGUGUUCCACGAUGCUGCCGCUCUUUGCCAAAAGCUACGUCGCCUUUUGCAUCACCAUCUUAACCAUCAUCUUGUUUUCCGUCGUGAUCCUGUACGUCCGCAUCUACCGGCUCGUCAGCACCAGCAGCCGCAAGAUUAAGAUGCGGAAGAAUGCCAAAAGCAGCCAUUCAGAGAGGGCCAUGGCUCUCCUGCGCACGGUCAUGAUCGUCCUGGGUGUCUUCAUAGCCUGCUGGUCGCCGCUCUUCAUCUUCCUGAUGCUCGACGUUGCUUGCAGCCCCAAGCAGUGCCAGAUCCUCUACAAAGCAGACUGGUGCGUUGCCCUGGCCGUGCUGAAUUCAGCCCUGAACCCCAUCAUUUACACCUUGUCCAGCAGGGAGAUGCGAGGGGCUUUCCUUAAGUACCUCUGCUGCUGUCUGGUGGGCUCAAAUGUAGCCAGGAGCUUGCCGAUAGCACCAACUGCAGAUAACAGCAGGAGCAAGUCCAGUGGGAGCAACUUUAACAAACCUAAGGAGGAGGUUGACUCCCCGACAAUGCUUAUUUCGGCCUGUCUCGUUAAAUCAAGUGACUUUUCACUGGAGAAGGGAAAGUCUUGAACUUCCUUGAGGCGUUUCACAGUGUCAUCGAAGGAAAGUGUCUUUACUUGUGAAUUAAUCACAACUGAUAUCAGUGUUUCUGUUUUAAUAUAUCAAGAAAUACCAUUACUUUGUAUAAAAUAUCACAACAAUGUUGAUUGUUUUCACCUGAUAAGCACGCAAUUACUAUAGCAACUUUAUCGGUUCUCUAGCCCAAAGUUUACCACGCCUCAGAAACACAAAGUCCUGGUCAUCGGUUUAUUAUCAGACAACUGGCAUAAUUUGUUUUCAUGCCGGCAGAUUAGGGGAGGUGACAAGG